CACAGACAGACAGCUGCUGAUGGAAAAAGAGACAUGUCGACGUAACGCUUUUAUCUACUAGAGAGAAACGGCGCUCAGUCUGUGGUGGUGGGUGACAGCGUGGUUUCCUUUAGUCAAGAUGAGCAGAUAGGACUAAGAAUGUUAACAGACGCUCACACGGCUCACAGCUGAACUUGACAUCAGUGGGAAUGUGAUCGAAGAAACUGAGUUCAGUUGGAAGAUGAAUGUUUAACACCAGUGUGUGGUGUCAGUCACCUCACCAUUUCCUGUAGAGACCAACAUCCUUAUUUGCUUCUCUAGAGUACGCUGCUUCUAACAGAGCUGUUGUAAAAUGAAAAAGAAGUAUAUGAAAUUAUUAAUCAUAGCACUAGCUAGUAGCUUUUGCAUUGUCCUCUUUUCCAAGCUAACGGAUGUGGAACACAGCCAAAAGGACUUUGCUAAGAUCCACUCGGUUCCAGCUUCCACGCCUAGAAAACCCACAACUGUAGUGAUGAGCACUGUGAAAAAGAAAACCAAAAGUGCCAUGCUGUAUGAGCUUCCCCCACUAACAAUUUCUGAGACUUUCAGAAAAGACGUUCCCAAAAAUGGUGCCUUCUGGAACCGGAAGCUUCAUUCUUUUCUCCGGCAGUUUGACUCCAUCGACAAUCAAACGCUCAAAGACCCACGUGAGAAGUUUCACUGUCAGCCUGAGAGUUUUGAGUUGCUACAAACCAACAUCCAAGAUAUUCAGUCGUACCCUCCACUUUACGGAGACUUCCUUCGAGGCAUGGAGUGUCGAGACCCACUGCUUCUUAUCGAUCAGCCUAACAAGUGUGCAUCAGAGAGCGGACUGGAUAAAAUUUUCCUAUUUUUUGCGAUCAAAUCCAUUCCAAAGAACUUUGAGAUGCGCCAAGCAGUCCGAGAGACCUGGGGAAGAGAAGGCUUGUAUGAAAACGGACUUAAGGUACGGACUGUCUUUCUGCUAGGCCGGUCAUCCAUGGAUCAUCCCAAUCUCGACAAACUGGUUUCGUUUGAAGCUCAGCAGUUUCAAGAUCUCCUCGUCUGGGAUUUCCACGACUCCUUUUACAACCUGACUCUUAAGGAGCAUGUGUUCUUCAAGUGGAUGCUUGAUAACUGUCCUAGUGUAUCUUUUGUUUUUAAGGGUGACGAUGAUGUUUUUGCUAACACUCAAGCGAUACUGAAUCAUCUGCGGUCUCUGGAGCCAGAGCAGGCAACGGCGUUGUACACCGGGCAGAUAAUUUCUAAUGCCGGCCCAUUACGGGACCCUAAAAUUAAAUAUUAUGUUCCUGAGUCUUUCUACGAAGGUCCUUACCCUCCUUAUGCUGGUGGCGGUGGCUUCCUGUUUUCUGGAAACCUUCUUCCGUCUCUUUACCAUGUUUCCUUUUACAUACCCUUCUUCCCAAUCGAUGACGUCUACAAUGGGAUGUGCUUCAAGGCACUCGGAAUCACUGCAAAGAAACACGAGGGUUUCAAGACCUUUGACAUUCGGGAACAAGACCGAGAGAACCCCUGUGUACACAAAGACCUGCUCCUGGUGCACCAGCGUGACCCUCAGCAGACCAUGAGACUGUGGAGAAAUAUGCACAGUGAAAUGCUGACCUGCUGAUGCUUGUAAACUAUUAAACACCAUUGAGUUCAGCUGUAGUGCUUGAUCAAAACCCAAGUUGGAAAAGAUUAACUUGGUGAAAAUUUCUGGGAGGCAACAUGGGGGGGGGGGGAAAUGCUGAGCAUUAAAGUUACUGCUUCGGAGACUCUGGAUGAAGACUCAUGUUUUCUUUGAAUAUUAUACUUGAAAGAAAAGUGGUGAACAACACCAUCUCCUAUGUUUCUGUGCAAUUGAGCAAGGCUGGCUUUAAUAGGUAACUGAUUUCAUCAUUACUCCUGUCAUUCCAAACUUGUACAGAACACAUUUUGAGGAAUGUUUCAGAAGUUUUUAUUUUUAUGAAAUGUAGUAGAAUCCAUAAAGGUAGUGUAUAGUGAAGUAUCGUCAUGAUGUUAUAUGCUGAAUGGAUUUUAAUUUUAAAGUGCUCUAUUUUAUUUACUCUCAAAUCAAAACAAAAAAUAACAUGCACGGAAACACAAACCAGAACAUUUUAAAGGGACCGUUCACCCAGAAAGUCAAAGUCGGGUACUCUACUCCAUGAAAGUCAGUGGUUACCAUUCUUCAAAAUGCAAUCUUUUGUGGUUCACAGAAGGAAGUCUUACAGGUUUGGAGUUGCAUGAGGGCAUUUUGAUGCAAUCUCAUACUGGAUACAUUCACACUGCAAAAAUGCAGGCCAAGGUUUUUUUUUUUUUUUUGGGUGCUCACGUGACCCAGGUUGUUUUAUUUCAUGGCAGUAUGAUCUGCACAUCACAUGAAAUCUGAUCCUUUUUUUUUUAUGCAACUUUCAUAUGUGGUUCUAAAUCUAUUCAGGUCAGAUGUUUUGCAGUGUGACCAGAGUCUAAAUAAUAUCGGAGGUUAUGUGACUUUUACAUCAUUGAUUCGGAUUGGAAUCUGAUAAUGCCCACAUUGCACAGUGAUUUUUACCUUAGGAUAUGUAAAACUACUAAUGCUGAUAGAUUUAUUCACACUACCUCUGUAAAGUAUGCUUUAUUUUGGACAUAUUUUAGAGUUAAACCUUGAUGACUUGAUGAGCAUUCUUCACAAUGAGUUCUGUGAGAAAGACAAAUAGACUAUUUAACACGUUGGAACAUGUGAAAUGAGUGGUGUGAGUAAAAUUCAAGGGCGGGAGUAUUGUUUGAAAUAACUGUUCUUAGCAACCACAGUUCUUGGAACGUUAGCAUUGUGCAAGACUAAAUAUGUUUAUUUUUAAAUCAGGCAUAAUUUCUCAGAUUAGUGAUCUGUGGUAACUGUUGCGUGACUACCAUUGUUAUCUGUGACAUUUUCAUACCUAUACGAGUGCCUUGUCUACUAAACCUGGGAUAAAUGUAAAAAAAAAAAAA